AUGGGUAAACGAAGAAAAGCCAUCAAAGUCAAAGGCGACCUCAAAGAAAGUCAAAAACCUCUCCCGACAGUCUUCAAUUGUCUCUUCUGCAAUCAUGAAAGAUCAAUAAUCAUCAAACUUGAUAAGAAGAACAGUGUCGGAUCCCUUCACUGCAAUGUCUGCGGUCAGACAUACCAGACUUCUAUCAACUAUCUCUCCGGAGCGGUAGACGUUUAUGCGGACUGGGUCGAUGCAGCCGAUGAAGUUAAAAAGGAGCAGAGGAGGGCAGCCAAACGAGGUGGUAACUCCUCAGGCGGUGGGGAAUCACGAGGAGACAUCUUCCCAUUUGGUCUGGACGAGAACGGUAGCUUUGUCAACCCUCCAAGGGACGUUGCUUCUCCAUCUGCUCCUACUACUCCGAUUCGCCCUCCCCGUUCCCGUGCUUCUACCGCUGCAGCCGCUGCCACCGAAGGAUCGGCCAGCCCUCCGAUCCGUUCUCGCCCUCGUCCUCAAGCUAUCGACCUGGGUACCGACCCCGGUGGGAACAGUCCCUUACGCCCACCAUCCGAUAUUUCUUCCAUCAGUGACCCCGGACCAAGUUCCGCUGGUCAUCAUCCCAAGCCUUGA